GUACUUGACUGCGGAGACUGCAAUGAUGGAGGAGAAACUAUUGGUGUCUGUCACGGGUUACACGGGCCGGAGCUGUAUUUUUAAGUACUUACUCAGCCGAGACGAGCUGCUGAGAGGAAUGAGACGCAGCCAGACCGCCAUAGUGUGAUCCACCGUCCCUCCGAGAGCGUACCUCAACCUAACCCACCUCACCCUCAAAGCUUCAGGACCUGAACUGUGUAACACAAUCCUACCUAAUCCAGCUCAAGAACACAGCUCUACUAUUCCUGUUAUUGUAUUACUAAUUAUUUUUGAUGUGUUUUGAGGUUAUGGUGUACUGUUUGGCAAUCAGAUCUGUGUUCGAGAGAGCGAAGAAAAAAAAAAAAAAGAUUUUGUGUAAUAUGUGGACAGCACUUUUCAAACCUACAAAAGCCUUUCUGUCAAUAGUUGAAAUCAUCUACCUCAACCAUUGUGUUUUUCUUAAAAUAUUGCAUUCAUGUAGCCAAUGGAACUGGAUGUGAGUAGCCUAAAUCCUUUGUUUGCCCAACACUUUGUCAUUUUCUUAGGCUGUUUUACUUAAUCUUUUUUUAAACUAUGUAAUAUGUUAAAAGCAGUUUGUUUUUUGAGAAGGUAUGGUUGUUUGCUUGAUAUACCUCUGUUAAAUCCACUCCAAGAGUUAAAAAGGGUUUGUUGUGGUGCUAGGUGGCUUUAUGCUGUGUAUGACGACUUGCCCAACUGACAAACACAGUGACAAACUUUGGGAAGCCCUUAUAUGAGGGCUGAGCUUUAAAUGAGCACACUUAUCUUAAUAGGACUCCAGAGAAGAGAAGAAAGAUCCAACCGCAGGUUCACUCUCACCCAAUACAAAGGAAAGAAUAAUAUUGUGUAUAAGGGAAACCACGCUUUGAACUAGACCAGCUGGAAUGAAGCAAACAAAUCUGCAGUAUGAAGCCAAAACCAGUUUUUUCAGAACCUUAUGGGCUAAACCCAACAAAACUGCCUCGGCAGACCUCAUCCACCUCUUUAGGGACUGCAUCCAGGCGGCUUCAUCCAGGACAAAGGAGUAUCUGCUCUUCAGGGAUCCGGAGAACAAAUUCCACCCAAGUCCUUCAACUCUAAGCGAGAUCUUUCUGAUGACCUACAUCCAGCACAGCAGCCUGCUGAAUCUCACCGACACGUUCAACUGCACGGCCAUGACCCCAGAACAGAGGAUCCUGCUGGGUGCCCACUGGGUCUGGGCCGUGUUGGAUCAGCCCAGCAAGAACCCCCGAAUCCAGAUCGCGGUCCAGGUGUUUCAUCUGCUGGAAAGAACAGAGGACAACGACGAGGAGCUGUCCUUAGAUAUCUACAGCGACAUCAUGCGCAUGGCCGGGAUGGAUGUGGUGGAAAGAACCCAAGCUGAGAGGAUGGUGGAGUUCUGCUCUUCCAUCGGCAGAGACUGUUACGCGCUUUUCCUCUUUUUUGGGCGCCAGAACGACGAGGGGAACAUUUACGGGCUGCUGAGCAACAAUCUGCAAGCAGCUGUGGGGAAGUGUGUGAGAAUUGACCAGGUCUUUAUCGAUCACUUCUUCAAAGGUGCGAAAUGCUUCGUCACUCCAAGUGAGAUGUUAAAAGCAGUGGUUGGUAAGGAGGGUGGCGAUCCUCUGACCAUGCUUGUUAAGUUUACUUAACAGUUGAGCUGUUUUUACUCGAUUUAAUACCUUUUUUGUGGGUUUAUUCUAAUGAGCAGCUCACCACUUGGUAACAGAUGCUUUGAAUGCAACUCUGGGUCUGUAUGUUGAUGCUUUCCCUAGACUUUCCAGCCUUAUAACUAGUGUCUGGUGUCUGUCUGUCUCCAGCAAAACUUAACUGUUACUAGAUGCAAUUAAAAUACAAAAUAAUGUGCAGAAAUACAUAUUAUCUAUCUAUCUAUCUAUCUACCUA